CUGUUUGUGGCCGAGAAACUCACAGUCUGAUUGGAAUCUCCAAGGCGAACGGAUCUGAAAGUAAUCAACCGAAAAGUUCUUUUCCCUACAAUGUUUUCUAUCGGUUUUUGCUGGCUUCUAGCCAUUUGCGGAUGCACUUUUGCCUAUAUAGAGAUACCGGAGGCCUAUCUAACUGCCAUCAGGCAGGAUCGGGCGGAUGAGCAGGCGGCAGGCGAGUACAACUACGAUGAGCAGGGCGAUGACUGGACGGGAACGUGCCAAAGCGGGGAGAACCAGUCACCCAUAGAUUUGAUUUUUGAAGAUUCGAAAAUUGUGGCCAUUCCCCGUCUGCGUUUCAACAACUAUGAUCAGCCAUUGCAAACCCCCUUGGUGAUUACCAAUAAUGGGCACACAGCCAACAUGGUGAUACCGCAAACUCGAGGUGGCCAGCGGCCCUCUAUUAAUGGCAGUCUCUUGCCCGGGAAUUUCGAGGCCCAGAGUGUCCACUUCCAUUGGGGAUCGCGGGAGGCCAAGGGAUCGGAACAUGCCAUCAACUUCCAGCGCUAUGACGUGGAAAUGCACAUCGUUCAUAAGAACACCAUAUAUGAGACGAUGGGCGAGGCAACCAUGCAUCCCGAUGGCCUGGCCGUUCUGGGGGUUAUGUUCAGGGCGGUGGAUCGGCAGACCUCGCAGCACUACGGACUCAACAAGAUCUUUAACCAGCUGCCGAGAAUCGUGCAGUAUAACUCCAAUGCCACGAUAACCGGCAGACUGACGGUGGGCCAGUUGCUGGGUAAUAUUGUGACUGGAGAGUUCUUUACGUACAAUGGAUCUCUGACCACACCAGAUUGUGCCGAAGCGGUCACCUGGACUGUGUUUCCCGACGUUCUGGACUAUCCGCGUCGCCAGAUCACAAAACUGUGGAACCUCAGAGACUCACGACAAAGGCCCCUCAUCAAUAAUUAUCGCAGCAUUCAGGACACCAAUAGCAGAGAUGUCUAUUACCGAACCAUUCAAUAAAAAUAUUCACGUAAUUAAGUACCCCUUUUUCUUGAUUUAUUAAAUAUUAUAUACAUCACCC